AUGCCAAAAAAAUUUAAAGGAGAAAACACUAAAGUCAGUGCUGCAAGGGAGCGAAAAGCUGCUCAUCAAGCAGAAGCACAAGGCAAAAAACAAGCCGAAAAAGAGCGUAAAGAGGCUGAAGAAUGGUCUGUUGGAGCAAAGGAUACUUCUAGGAAAGAAGCGCAAAAAUUAAAGAAGGAAGCUCGAUUAACCAAGAAAAAUGAAGCAGCGCAACUUUUGGAAAAGGAAGAAAAAGAACUUUCUAGAUAUAAGCCUAAAUUAAAAAUAACAGGCGAAGAGAAAAAAGCCAUCAAAAGAACUCAGAAACACGAACAAAUUACCGAAGAACGGCGUGAAAUUCCAGAAUAUGCAGCGUCAAAUAUUGAUGAUGCCUUGGACUUAUUAUCGUUGACCACAAACCCUUCGCCCGCCAUAAGCGGAGGUUCAGCAGUGCUUAAUAAUGCAUCGAAUAUUGAAAGGCACCCAGAAAGGCGAUUUAAAGCGGCUUUGGCAGCUUAUGAAGAACGCGAAAUGCCAAUAAUAAAACAGGAGAAUCCAGGAUUGCGUUACACUCAAUAUCGAGAUAUAAUCUUCAAAAACUUCCAGAAAUCUCCAGAAAAUCCUUUUAAUCAAGUAAAUGUUUUACAAUAUAACGCCACAAGGAAGGAGCAGGAAAAUAUGAUUGAAUCAACGAGAAAGGAACUAGAAAAUCGAUUGCAAAUUUGA